GUCUGCUGGUCUAGAACAAGAGCUUCAUGAGGGUCCGGGGCAGGAUCCAGUUGAACACCUACAGGCUUCGUUCCCGCGAGCUCCAACUGGCCGACGAGUUCCUGGCGCACAUCCGGUCUUUGCCCGUGCAGUACGACAAAGCCAUUUACUUUGCCUUCCUGGAGGACUACGGGACCCACUACACCAAAAACGGGAGGUCCGGCGGAGAAUACGAGUUGAUCUACGUUCUUAACCAGGAUGCCAUCAAGGCCAAAAAUCUGACCGAGCGGAAGAUUCAAGAAUGCGUCAAAUUGGGCAUUUCGGUGGAUUUUUCCGUGGACAGUAUUAAAGAUGGCAAAGCUCAUGCCAGCGACGACAAGUGUGAAACCGUAUCCACAAGUCUCAAAGACGAGAUCGCCGGCAAGGCGGUGGUGGACAAGGUGAUGACGUCCGUCAAAGGCGGCACUCUGGAGAGCGCGGUGGUCAUGAGGGCCAAGCUCAACAAAGAAGGUGUGAUGGAUGUGGACACCUACCAGAAGUGGGCUCGGACCAUCGCUGACGCCCCGGCGCUGCUCCACAGUGAGCCGCAGCCCAUCUACACCCUGGUCCCCCUGGACAUGGCGAACGCCAGCGCCAGGAUCGCCAACAUGAAGCGGGCCACGGCGGACUACAUAGCGGAGUACAGCGUGUGCAAGUGUAGUCCGUGCCACAACGGAGGCACCCUGGCUCUGCUGGACGGGAGGUGUGUGUGUCUCUGCUCGCAUCUCUUCGAGGGACGGGCGUGCCAGAAUUUCAAAGGCGACAAAGUCAAGAACUCGGUGGCUACGAGGCCCACGGUCUCGCAAGAGGGCAACUGGUCUUGUUGGUCCAGCUGGUCCAGCUGUAGCGGUGGCAAGCGGACCAGGACGCGGGCCUGCAACACGAUAGGAGUCCUCGGCGCCACCUGUAGGGGAGACACCAGCAGUGAAGAGUACUGCUGAACAACAGCCACGCCUACUAAAUCCAAGUCUGGGAAACAGCGGCCCCCGGUGGUUGAAGACGGUAUCACUGAAAUGUAGGCAUUUGUUUUUGUUAGUGAUCAUCAGUGCUGCAUGUCAGAUAUGUUUUCUUGUACAAAUACACUUUAUUAAUCAUAACCACUCAAAAAGUGUUGGUAAAGAUGUAAAACUACAAGAAUACUUCUGAAACAUUGUCUUUGUCUACAGGAAUGAAGUGGUAAUGGUACAAGGAUAAAAGUGUGACGUUACGAGAAAUAUUACAAUAUUAUCUUUCUAUGUAUGUUCUAUUUAAUUGCACAAUAAACUGUGUAGACCUGA